UUCUGUUCCACUAGGUUUGCCAGUGCGGCAUGCGCGUGAGGACCCGAGAAAGAUGCACAUGACAGGGAUGCGCCCGUGCCAUCUUUCUAGCAGCGGCGACAGUCGGCUUCAUGUUCGCUUGAGCCCGCAGGUAUAGGGCAGAAAGACGGCGCAGAAGGACGUCUGGAAAGUGCUGGCAACGCCCGAGGGGCCGUGCUGCACCCAAUGACGCGUGGCACGCCCCUGGGCAGGGACCGAAACCACUGCACAGACCUGCGCACGCGCGGGCGAGCGUUUUGACAGCAUACACCCGGCGCUGGAGGGGGGGGCAGAGAGAGGAAACAAGGUGAAACAGGGCUUCACGACGUCAAUAGACGUGCUCGAGCACCGCGAGUGCAGGCUGCCGGCGCGUGCGCCACAGGCCGAGGCCGCCUGCCUCGCUCGACACAUCCGGUACUGGCCGAGGGCGUGCGCAGGCGGACGGACGGCACGCCGAGCAAAGCGCGGCCCCCAAGGCUGGGUGGUCGGAGCCAUGGUGCUCAGGCGCCCGUGUCGUCGCUCGACCAGAGCCGAGCUGCAAGAAGACAUGCCGUGCCUCAGCGUCGAUUGCAAUCUUUGUGCCCACUCUUGCUGGGCGAAGCAGCGGUGCCUCUACCGCUCGAGAGCGCAAGCCAAGUAUUUCCUGGGGGCGAGGAGAACAUUAAAAGGAGAACAGACGAACCGCCUGUCCGCACGAGCACACUGCAAGACUGUUAUGUUCCUAGUCGUGUGCGGCUCCAUCGAAAUCGAAUCGAAUCGAAUCGGAGGAGUCGAAACGAGCCCUGGGAUGACCCAGGAUGCUCCUGAAUAAUCCCCGCCGAGAAAAAGUGCACACGUCCGAGCGGUGCCAAGGGUGUGCGUUGCGCCAGGAGAGGCUGGCCGUGGCCGCCAUCCGAGCGCUGCUGCUGGCCACGAGCGCCUGCGCCACGCAGCUGCCACCGCACAGCCGGCAGCACCGGCCCUGCGUCGCAUGGGCUGCACCGCGCAGUCCUCGCGCCGCAGAGCUUGCACCACCGAGGAGAGGAGAGGAGAGGAGAGGAGAGGAGAGGAGAGGAGGAGGAGGAGGAGGAGGAGGAGGAGGAGGAGGAGCACACCACAGCCUGUGCCACGUGGCCUCCACCACGAAGCCUGCACCGCGCAGCUUCCUCCGCAUGCUCUGCGUCCGACGGUGUGCUACUGUGGCGGAAAAUCAGCCGAAACGUGGUCGACGGCAUUGCCAGAGCAGCGCAGGGCGAAACCGCACUGGAGGAAGCCGCGCCCCUUAGUAGUACUGAGGUGUCUGGCUUUUUGGAGCUCAGGGGACUGGUGUUUGAACUCAACAACCAGCUCGCUCCUGAAGUCAACGAACCAGGUUGCUUGGGGCCCGUGUCUGACAUUCGGGGGAAGUGCUGCCGAGCCUGCAGGACAAAGCGCGCCCUCGUUGGAGUCUGGCGAACGGGCAGUGGACGUUCAAUGCGGAGAUCAGGAGGACGAGGAGGAAAAGAAAGAGGAGGAGGAGGACGGGGGGGCGAUAAAUGUGUCUUCCUGCAGCGCGAAACGCUCGAAGGAAACCGUGCAGGAGACGCCACCUGGCUCUUUCGCGGCAGGUAACCAUCGCCAUAAAAAAGAGAGUCGACAUCGAACUCCCCAACUGCAGAGGUUCGCACAAGGGUGAACGCCGGAGGAGAAGGAGGAGGAGGAAGAGAGAAGGAAAACGAGGCUCAGAACGAGGGAAGGGGGUCAUGGCUCUGCACGUGGCGCGUGAACCACUCCUGGGCCAGCGCUCGUGAUCAUAAAAUGGGGCUGGGAACGCCUGCCCAAGUUUGUGCAAAAGCAUCGCCGUCAUUGCGGGGAUACGUGCGCACGUGUUUGUACGCGACACUUGUCACAACGCUCAAGCGACCCAGACACAACCACACCACUAAGCAGUGGGUAAGUCGGGACAUCCUGUUCCUCAGGCCGCCAUUUAAGCUGACUUGAAAAUUGCGCGCGCACGUGCAUGAACCGGGAAGGACGGGGGAUACGGACCUAGACUCGUCCAAACAAAUUGAGCAGCGGCAUCGCCGCUCGACUGCUCUGCAGUUGUGUACCCUCGAACUCCGUGAGAUGUGAGCGAACGCAACGAGGACGACGGACUCGCGGCUAGCAUUGAGGGCAAACCUGCACCAGCCUUGCAUCGGCCAGACUUGAGGAUAAACUUGCCCCUCGCUUGAUAGCGUUGCACAGCGACGGCGUCCCCAGUCGCUUACAGCCAGACCGCGGACAGAAUAACAUCCUAGAAGGACAUGAGACCCUCCGCCGGCCAAACCACA